CCGAGCGGUUCCAGGAGCACCCGGCAGAGACUGAGGGAGAGAGAGAGAGAAAGAGGAGGGGAGGAGGAUUCAGGGCAUGGGAGCUGGGGAGCCCUUCUGCGCCACAGAAAAUUUCCAGACUUGGUGAAAAUAGGAAAACUGUCAGAGAGGCUGGAGCACUAUUAGACUGUACUUGCUGUUUUUUUAGAAGUUCAGUUGAAGGAAAACUCAGCUGAUAUCUCUACCUUGAUUCUUCUUUACUUCCUGUUUGCCAGCUAGAACAACAUCAUGCAUAUUCACAUGUCAAUCAGUUUUGGGGGCUAGUAAGCUACUUGUGGAAGGUAGCAUCAGAGCUUUCUUGGAUUGAAGCUGUUUGUUUCGGGAAGACAAAUCUCCGUGCUAUUGUGCCAUUUCAUCGGUGGUCACUUUUGAAGAUACUGUCCAGUCCACACAAUGUAUCAUUCCUUAUCUGAAGCGAGGCAUCCUCUUCAAUCAGAAGAACAAGAAGUGGGCGUCGACCCCUUGUCCAGUUAUUCAAACAAGACUGGAGGAGAUUCAAAUAAAAAUGGAAGAAGAGCAAGUUCUACUUUAGAUUCUGAUGGGACUUUCAAUUCCUAUAGGAAAGAAUGGGAAGAACUCUUUGUAAACAACAAUUACUUGGCAACAAUAAAGCAGAAGGGGAUUAAUGGGCAGCUGAGAAGCAGCAGGUUCCGCAGCAUUUGCUGGAAGCUAUUUCUUUGUGUUCUUCCUCAAGAUAAAACUCAAUGGAUAAGCAGAAUUAAAGAAUUAAGAGCUUGGUAUAGCAACAUUAAAGAAAUAAACAUCACAAACCCACGGAAGGUUGUUGGCCAGCAAGAUUUGAUGAUCAAUAAUCCCCUUUCACAGGAUGAAGGGAGUCUUUGGAACAAAUUCUUCCAAGAUAAAGAACUGCGAUCAAUGAUUGAGCAAGAUGUCAAAAGAACGUUUCCUGAAAUGCAGUUUUUCCAACAAGAAAAUGUGAGAAAAAUUCUUACAGAUGUUCUUUUCUGUUAUGCUAGAGAAAACGAGCAGUUGCUUUAUAAACAGGGCAUGCACGAGCUCUUGGCGCCCAUAGUCUUCAUCCUGCACUGCGACCACCAAGCUUUUCUUCAUGCUAGUGAGUCUGCACAACCAAGUGAGGAAAUGAAAGCCCUCUUAGACCCUGAGUAUUUGGAACAUGAUGCCUAUGCAAUGUUCUCACAACUUAUGGAAACUGCUGAACCUUGGUUUUCUACUUUUGAACAUGAUGGUCAAAAGGGGAAAGAAACACUGAUGACACCCAUCCCCUUUGCUAGACCACAGGAUUUAGGGCCAACAAUUGCUGUUGUUACUAAAGUCAACCAGAUCCAGGAUCAUCUUCUGAAAAAGCAUGAUAUUGAGCUUUAUAUGCACUUAAACAGGCUAGAAAUUGCACCACAGAUAUAUGGAUUACGGUGGGUCCGGCUGCUGUUUGGCCGAGAGUUCCCCCUUCAGGAUCUCCUGGUGGUCUGGGAUGCCUUGUUUGCAGAUGGCCUCAGCCUGAGUUUAGUGGACUAUAUUUUCAUAGCCAUGUUACUCUAUAUCCGAGAUGCUUUGAUCUCUAGCAACUACCAGACCUGUCUCGGCCUUCUGAUGCAUUACCCAAACAUUGGGGAUGUACAUUCACUGAUUCUUAAGGCUCUCUUCCUUCGAGAUCCAAAGAGAAAUCCAAGACCAGUGACUUACCAAUUUCAUCCAAAUUUAGAUUAUUACAAAGCACGGGGAGCAGAUCUCAUGAACAAAAGCCGGACUAAUACCAAAGGAGCUCCCCUGAAUAUUAAUAAGGUCUCUAAUAGCCUGAUUAAUUUUGGAAGAAAGUUGAUUUCUCCAGCCAUGUCCCCGGGUAGUGCGGGCGGCCCUAUGCCUGGGGGCAGCAAUGGCAGCUCUUCCACGGCUGCGGGUCCCCCCAAGACCUCGGCGGAGACCCCCAGGCAUCCCUUGCAACAGCAGCAGCAACAGCAGCAGAGGCUGAUGAAAUCCGAAAGCAUGCCGGUGCAGCUGAACAAAGGACAGAGUUCUAAGAACAUCAGUUCAUCUCCAAGCAUUGAAAGUUUGCCCGGAGGAAGGGAAUUCACCAGCUCCCCGCCUUCAUCAGCUACUAAAAAGGACUCCUUUUUUAGCAAUAUCUCCCGUUCCCGCUCACACAGCAAAACCAUGGGCAGAAAAGAAUCUGAAGAAGAAUUAGAAGCUCAAAUUUCCUUCCUUCAAGGGCAAUUGAAUGACCUGGAUGCCAUGUGCAAAUACUGUGCAAAGGUGAUGGACACACACCUGGGAAACAUUCAAGAUGUGAUAUUGCAGGAAAAUUUGGAAAAGGAAGAUCAAAUUCUGGUUUCUCUGGCAGGAUUAAAACAGAUCAAAGACAUUCUAAAAGGUUCCCUGCGUUUCAACCAGAGCCAGCUGGAAGCCGAGGAGAACGAGCAGAUCACCAUCGCGGACGACCACUACUGCUCUGGCGGCCAGGGCCAGGGCCAGGCCCAGAGCGGCCAGGGGCCCAAGGCCUCCGCUCAGGCCUCUACAGAAGCACCAGGACACACAGACAGAGGGAGCUCAGACGACUUCAUUCUGGUUUCCAGAGAUGAUGGGGGCAUUGCUGGGACGCCAUUCUCUGGGCAGGCUCAGCCUCUGCGCACCCUCAGAAGCACAGCCAGGAAAGGCGAGGCCCUGGCCCGCUUCCCACUGGUGUUUUCUGACCCACUGAUGGGCCCCGCCUCGGCUUCCUCCAGCAACCCCAGCUCCAGUCCCGACGACGACAGCAGCAACCACAGCAAGGACUCGGGCUUCACCAUCGUGAGCCCCCUGGACAUCUGACCGCAGCGACCCCACCUUACCACCCCUCUCAGCAGCCCCCCCACCCUGCUGAGGAGCCCCCCAGUGGAGACCCCUCUGAAACCAACACUUCUUUUCCAGCGUGCACGUGGCGUGGUGGCAAACGGGGCCGGGGCCACUCGGCGCCCAGAGGUGCUGUCGGGCCUCACUGCCCCCACGGUCCUGGCUCUGAGUUAGAGCCGGUUAACACCGAGCGUCAGCCCACUGUCAGAUAAAACCAACGCAAUUAGAAUCACUUUUCCUCUGUCCGCUCCUCUCCAGCUAAGGUGCGGCAACUGCACCAACACUAUCUAGAAGAGAGAAGAGUUGGUUUCAAAGCUUCCUUUCCUCAGAACGUCAGACACAGGAAAAUUAAUUGAUAUCAAGAAAACUUUCUUUCUGGAAAUCUGCGUCUCAGCCUUGGGAAGCCAUAUCACAGAGCCCAGUGCAAUAGAAAGGACUAGAUUAGUGGGCUCUGGCGCUCGUGGAAACCCGGUACUGAGCCCUGGAGGCAGGGCCUAAGCCUAGGAAUCAUAGUUGUGUGAUGAGUGUAGAGUUCAUUUGUUAAGGAACAAAUCUAACCUCAGGCCAGACAGACUCUGCUCAUCACGGUCCCUCCUAAAACAACUGUUGUUCGCCUUUUAGAAUCUUACAGCCAGAAAACAAGGUCACUUUAAGCCAGUCUUUGCUGCACUGAUUCUGAAAGUUAUGAAAAUGUUACUUCAUGAAUUGGAAAAUGUGACCUCGACUUUAUGGGAUAAAUAUCUUUCAGAGAGUGGGUGGCCUGGUAAGGUUGCUAUAGUUUGGGGACUGUAUUUACCAUCAACUGAGGAAUAAAGAGAAAACCCAAGUUCAUUGCCAUCCAGAGUCAGCAUCCCCAUUCGGCCUCAGGGUGGCAGUAACAGGGAGUUAAAGCUGGAGUCCCUUCUGGGGGAGUUGGACUCCUUCGAGAACAUUCCAGAUGCCAGGAGGCUGCAGGAUUUCUACACAGCCCUCCCUGGGAGCCACUUGCAGGCGCCCCAGGCCUGGCUCGGAGGUCACAUCCCAGGCCCACUGCCAGGGCAGGCCCCUGUCUGGCCUGCGGUGCCUUUCUGGGUUGCAGCACAGAGAGAUUCCCCCGCCUCCCUGUCUUCCCGUAAGGAGAAGGGCCCAGAGAAGGACCUUUCCCUCUCCUUUGCCUGCGCAGGCAUCUAGCCUGGAGGAAAUACGCCCACCCCUGCAUCAGGGAGGGGCGGCCCUGGCCGGUGCCCGUCCAGUGAGGCCUCUCGCCAGAGCCUCCGUGGCAGCGGGUGAAAAACGAAGUAGAGAGAAACAGGCAGGGUUUGCCGCCUCCCACUGCCAGCCGCCACGUUUCCUCUAUAGUCAGUGUGAGGAUGGCGCGACUUCCCUCUCGCUGCUCUCCAGAGUGGCUCCUGCAGAGAGGAUUCUAAUUAGCGCUGCGUUGGCUCUUGAACUCUAGCAGGGAAACCUCCCCUGCAGUGUGUGAGGUGAAUCCACGAUGGCUCGGAGGCGCGCUGGGGAGUGCCCCGCGUCCUGCCUCUGAGAGGAUGGCUUGGCUCUUGGGGAGACCCUCUGAGGGGCUACCACAGCGGAGUCUCCUUGAGCGCAGUCAGGCUGGCAGGUCCCCACGGGCAGUGGCCGCGCCCCUGCGUGGGGCUCGCCUUACUUCCUCUCAGAGCGCCUGGCUGGGAGGUGUUGGCACCUUGAGCCCUGAGGUGGGAAGUGUGGGCUCCGCUCCUGAGGCUCCAGGACAGACCAGGCCGGACCACAGCCCUCGCAGCUGCAGGCUUCCUUGGCCCGCAGGGUUAGAGUCGGGAGAGCCGAGGUCACCUCCCCCGCCGCCUCCGCCCGUCCUCCACGCUGUGCUUCCGUGUGGUAUCGCGUGAGAACCAGUGGGGUCACUCAGAAGUGCUGCUUCUGUGACCCCCAACAAGCUGCCUCCUCCUCAAGGAAAGAAAACAAGCAAGGGGAAGGUGGGUGUGGGCCGUGCCAGCCUCAAAUCCCACAGGCUCAUGGGGCUGGAGAUUUGUAUUACUGGUUUACCUUUUUAAAGUGACUCUUUUUCCAUAGUUGAGCAUUUGCAUUUUUUAUUAGUUACAGUGCUGUUAAAGACUAUAUACUCCUUUUAUGAUUUUUACCGGGUACUUAUGUUUAAUUGCACUUUUUUAAAAAUUCUGGAUAUAUGAAACCUUUUUGUUUUCCUUUAACAAAUGUAAUCAGUGGAACCCACUCAUACUUUGAUUAUUAGCAAGCAGUUAAAUAUAUUUUAUGUACGUAAAGACGAUUAUUUCUCAUUGUCAUCUACCUUUUUUUAUACCUGUCCCUGGGUUUCAUGCAUUCCUCUGAUCAGCUUGGAAAUUUGAGUUACGGUGUAUCUGUUCUAUGAGAGUUGGACACUAGAGAAAGGAAGCUGUGAUGACUUUGCCUUCGUAGGCCAGAGGCUCAUGUAACACCUUAAAUAUCUGGUUACACCUGACCCAUCAGUCUUCCAGAGAUGACCUCCUGCUAAUCACUGCUGACUGCAAUCUGGCAAACAAUAACAACACUACAGAGAGAACGUGACUGAAAAUAAACCAGGACCUGCCUGCGAUUUGCCUUCUCUGUACGCGACGGAGUUGAAUCCUUUUCUCAGCCCUCCAGGGUCCGACUGCCUGCGGUUAAUGAGAAUGUCUCUCCUGCUUCUCCAGAGACAAGGAAUAGUUAGAAAGCUCUGACAGUCAGGCUGUCUCCUAAAGCUGACCUGUUAGAGUUGACCCAGACUUAUUUUGGUUUCUAUUCUUUGCUUCUUUAAGAAGCUGCCCCCAGGGAUCCUCACGAAGCAAGAGUGUGUGGGGGGCUUCGGCCCCUGGGGGGCUUCGGCCCCUGUUCCUAGUGCUCGUCGCCAGGAGCGCAUGGCCUUUCCAUCCUUUAGACCAGUGCACGCCGGCCUCUGACCCCCAAGUGUCCAGGUAGGACAUUGCUGAGGCCACAUCCGGGACGAGACCAGGAUUGCAGCUGGCAAGCCGGGCUUCUCACAGGCCAAAACCGCUUCCUCAAGAGUUAGACAGUGUUAGACAGUGUUUAGACAGAGAAGAAAUAUAAAGUUCCUGUAAACAGGCCUGAGGCCACUUUGAUGUAAAAAGUUCUCAUAAUUUUCCUCACAAUGGCACAAUUCAUUUGAUUUAUGGGAUACUCGGUUGUGCCAUUUCUGUCCUAUCGCUUUGUUCUCAUUCAUCUCUAUGCUCUAAUUCAUAUUGAUUUCAGAAAUGACUUAUCCUUCUGGCAGAGUGCUCCCAUUCACGAUGGUGGUAAUAAAAAGCUCAUGUGA